AUGUCCACGAUAGCUACUUUCAAGGUGCCCAAGGUCACCAACGAGCCCAAUCAACACUACGCCAAGGGUUCCGCGCAGCGUGAGGGUCUCUUCGCAGCAGUUCAGAGCCUCCAAAAGAAGGGACCUUUAGAAGUGCCAAUUGUGGUUGGUGGAAAGGAAAUCAAGACAUCCUCGACCGGCAAGCAGCUGAACCCCUCCAACCACUCGGAGGUCAUCGCCACCUACUCCAAAGCCAGCCCGGAAGAUGUCAAGACGGCCAUCGAUGCCGCACUCGCGGCGAAGCCCGAGUGGGAGUCGCUCACCUUUGCUGACCGAGCGGCCAUCUUCUUGAAGGCUGCCGAUCUCAUCUCUACCAAGUACAGAUAUGACAUAAUGGCUGCGACGAUGCUAGGGCAGGGCAAGAACGCAUGGCAGGCCGAGAUUGACGCUGCCGCAGAAUUGUGCGAUUUCCUUCGAUUCAAUGUUCAGUACGCAGAGGAGCUCUACGCUCAGCAGCCAGCACACAACACCAGCGGCGUCUGGAACCGGAUAGAAUAUAGGCCACUCGAGGGUUUUGUCUACGCCAUCACCCCUUUUAACUUCACUGCCAUUGCUGGCAACCUACCGGGUGUGCCGGCGCUGCUAGGCAACGUCGUCGUCUGGAAGCCAUCUGACUACGCCAUCGCAUCCAACUGGUUGCUUUACAACAUCUUCAUCGAGGCAGGUCUUCCCAAGAACGUCAUCCAGUUCAUUCCUGGUGAGCCGGAAGAGAUCACCAAGAUUAUUCUGAGCCACAAGAAGUUUGCUGCCUUACACUACACUGGUAGCACAGCUGUGUUUAGGAAGCUCUACGGCCAAAUUGGUGAGGGUAUUGCUGAGGGCAGAUAUGUUGGCUAUCCUCGUAUUGUUGGCGAGACUGGUGGCAAGAACUUCCACCUGAUUCACUCGUCAGCUGACAUCGAGAAUGCUGCGGUUCAGACCGUGCGAGGCGCGUUCGAGUACCAAGGGCAGAAGUGCAGUGCUACCUCUCGUCUUUACGUGCCCAAGUCCAUUUGGCCAGACUUCAAGAAGAAGCUGGUAGAGGAGACUGAGAAGCUGAGCAUCGGAGUGCCAUGGGAGGCCAAGAACUUCCUUGGUCCCGUCAUCCACACUGCUUCCUUCAAGAAGCUGUCAGGUGUCAUUGACGCUGCCAAGGACGACUCCGAGUUGGAGCUGCUGACGGGAGGCAAGUACGAUGAGUCCAAGGGCUACUACAUUCACCCGACUAUCUACGAGACGACCAAUCCGCGGCACAAGCUUUUGAGCACAGAGCUAUUCGGCCCAGUGCUCGUUGCUCAUGUCUAUGACGACACUAAGGACCCUGUUGGUGCUUUCGCUUCCACCUGCGAGCUUGUCGAUAGCACCUCCGAGUACGGCCUUACGGGCUCCAUCUUUGCAUCCGACCGGGCGGCGGUGCGCUUUGCCGAGGAGAAGCUGCGCAACUCGGCGGGUAACUUCUAUAUCAACUGCAAGAGCACGGGAGCCGUGGUGGGUCAGCAGCCGUUUGGUGGCAGCCGGGCCAGUGGUACCAACGACAAGGCCGGCAGCCAGGCGAUCAUGGGCCGCUUUGUGAGCAUGAGGAGCAUCAAGGAGGAGUUCGGCGCCACGACCAAGGUCGAGUACCCGAGCAACGAGGUGUAA